AGCUGACGUAGCGGAUGUUGUGCUGCUGAACGUUGGACGCUUCGGACCGGCUGCUGAUGUGGUUUUUAAAACUCUUGUUUUUGUCCUUUAAGUGAAACGGGCCGAGUCUGUAGCUCAUGAGGCGGCCGAAGGCUCCAUUUCACAACAACAAGCCAUAAGCUAAGCUAGCUCUCUGGCUAGCCGGCUAGCUCCACCGGCUGACGUUAGCAUGGCGUCUCCGUUCAAAAUCCCCAAGAAGAAACAGCCAGCGGGAUCUGACUCUGCCCCCCCGCAAAUGUCGCCGCUGUCCCGCCUCCAGAGCUCCACCCCCGAAUUUAAGAGUUAUGGGGAUCAGUCCAGCAGAGGCAGAGGUGAGAGGGUGCAUGCUGGGAACUCUGUGGGCUCCUCAGCGAUCAGACAGAGCGAGCCUCUCUUCAGGAACGUGGUUAAAACGCUGCUGGGACUAAACAGCCCUCACAUAGGAGCAUCAGCAGCCAAUCACAGAGGAGCAUCAGCAGCCAAUCACAGAGGAGCAUCAGCAGCCAGUCACAGAGGAGCAUCAGCAGCCAGUCACAGAGGAGCAUCAGCAGCCAGUCACAGUGGACGCUGGAGCUGCCAAACUGAGUUGUCCUCUUCCUGUUUCUCAAACGGGUGGCGUCCAAAGAGAGCGUCAGACCGCCUGCUGCCGCCUGAAGAGUCCUCCGAGCGUCCGUCUCCACCACAGAAGAAGAGAAGUGACCUCAGCGGCUCGGCGACUGAAAGUGUCUCUGUGGACUCGCUGGACGCGCUGGACUCGCUGGCGGAGCUGCGAGGUGACGGGCAUGCUGGGAGUUUGAGUUCUUUGACGCUGGGAGAGAGAACGUGGAGGAGAGACGGGGACGCUGCAGAGGACCAGAGCGACUCCGGAAGUUCUCCUGAACCUUUAAAGCAGCAGAAGAAGAAGUCAGGAGACCACUUCCUGUCUCCGUCCAGAACAGAAAACCAGCCCUCUGUGACGUCAGUGAGGACGCCGCCCGACACGAGGCGCAGCCUGGACCGCACAGCUUGGCUCAGCGCCGGCAGCAGCAACGUGAUGGCUGACCUGCGGGAGAAAGAGCGGGAGAGGUGGAGGAAGUUCAGAGAGAAGAAGAAGACGACGGGGACGACAGGGAUGACCGUCCUGCAGCGGAAGAGAGCCAAACAGACUGAACCCAUCGUUCUGUCCAGUGAGGAGGAGGAGGGAGACGGAGGACAGAGGACGGAGUCGCAGGAGAAACCGGCGAGCAGAAGGGAAGCAGACGAGUUUGAAUCGCCGCCGCCAUCUUUCCUGCAGCUCGACUUCACCUCGCUUCACGCCGGCCUCACGCACGCCGACGCCAACGGGAAGAUGAUGAUCACUGAACACGGGCUCAAUUUUCCUCUGAAUGGAGUGGGGGGGGGAGAAGUCGUUGUUGUGGCCUCUCAGCUUCGGGGUUACGGUGUCUGGGACGGGGCCGUGGCUCAGGGAGGCAGCCUAUUGGCUGACUGGAGAGGCCCCGCCCCCUCGCUGCUCUUCCUCUGGGUGACUGACGCACAGGCCAACCUGCUGCAGAGGGAGCUGACCGCUAUGGGUCCGCCGUGCUGCUUCCUCCUGCUGGUGCUGCAGGAGCAGCUGCAGGAGCUCCAGGCCGCCCUGCUGGCCUCCAUCCUGGACAUGGAGGAGUACCGAAGGGGCUGCUCCUCCUACGCCCCUCUGGAGUGGACCGACGGGCUGCUGCUCCUGCACAGCGCUCCUCCUCCUCUGGACCAGCACCUCCUCGGGCUGCUGGGGCACUCUGCAGUGAAGACCAACCAGAGGAACAAGAAGACCAACCUGGACUCUCCUGGUCUGCAGCAGCUUCCCCCCAGGUUGAUCCAGUACCCGGCACCACCCUGUAAAGGCCGGAUUGCGGUAACGAAGGAGGACCUUGCGUGUCUGCGCGGUGGCGAGUUCCUCAAUGACGUCAUCAUCGACUUCUACCUCAAGUACGUCCUCCUGGAGGGGGGGGGCUCGGUGUCCGACAGGAGUCACGUGUUCAGCAGCUUCUUCUACAAACAGCUGAGCCGACGCAGAGCGGCCGGGGACGAGGACGCCCCCGCUGUCCCAGAUCGGCACAUGAGGCAUCAGCGCGUAAAGACGUGGACGCGACACAUCGACAUUUUCACCAAAGACUUCCUGUUUGUUCCUGUCAACCAAGAGGCGCACUGGUACCUGGUGGUGGUCUGCUUCCCGGGUCUGGAGGAGGUUCAGUACGAGGAAUUUCACAGUCCAGCAGCCGCAGGUAAUACUUCAUCCUUCAGUCCGAGGUCACAGCAGCCGCCGGAGUGCACGCAGCAGAGCUGGCCCAGGGACACAGUGUUAAAGCGGCCGUGCAUCCUCGUCAUGGACUCCCUGAAGCUGUCGUACCACGAGAACGUCUGCAGGCUGCUGCGAGACUACCUGCAGGUGGAGUGGGCGGUGCGGCGGGGCACGACUCGCCUCUUCACGGCCGACAGCGUGAGGAGCUGCAGCUGCAGAGUCCCGCAGCAGGACAACAGCAGCGACUGUGGACUGUACCUGCUGCAGUACGCAGAGAGCUUCCUGUCAAACCCCGUGGUGCACUUUGACCUCCUACGAUUUGACAACUGGUUUCCGCGGCAACGCGUGCGACAGAAGCGCGAGGAGAUCCGAACUCUAAGCCUUGAAGAUGCACCGCAGUCAGAAUGGAGAAAACUGAACACCGAGCCGAUAAAUCACAUGUGCAAUAAAUAUUUAUAUUUUUUUACGUUAAUGUUUUUACUUUGAUGUCGAAGAAUGUUGCUCUAAUAAAACAAUCUUAAAAAAAAUAUUUGUUUAGUUUUUGUGUGUAUGUAAAUAAACGGACGGGUGAGGCUUUUAUUUUGAAA